AUGUUGAACUCAGCCUUUUACCGGUGUCGAAGAAGAAAUGUAAACAGUAGUGGCGGUAUAGUGAGGUUGGGAUGGAGCCACAGGUGUCUGGGAGAGACGGCAAGGACAAACCCGGAGAUGGGGCACACAGCUGUCUGAACUCCGGCAUGUUUCUUAGCGGAUUUGACGGGCAGUCGAGGCUGCUGCUUCGGUCACUGAUGUCCGGAACCUCCGGGGCCUCGAGAGCGCUGGGCGUCUUCCACAGGCAGCAACGGGCUAACCCCGAGAGCUCACUGUGUGGCUUCAUAGAAACACUGUGCAGAGACGAAAUAACCCACACCGAGGCUGACACUGAGUUUCUAACCGUUAAACCACUAGUCUGCCUGUUUCCACCUUUAUUUAAACAAAACCUGCUGUCAUUCAUCCACCUGGUGCACUCUGUUCUUCCUCGGACCGCUGUACUCCAUCUGAUCAAAUGUCUCAGCCAGGACUCUCGUCCAAACCCGUGGGUGACUGCUCUGUGCAGACAACUCGAAAGAGACCUGGAAACCCACCGUGAGGUGCCUCUGUACACCACACCGUGCAGCCAAAGACUAAAGGAGCUCUCCCAGGGUUUGAUCGGAUCUGCUGAAACUGGAGGAUGGACCAAGUGCUUCAGUGGUCAAACGGCAGAAUUUGAAUCCCAGAGUACAUCUGAUUUAUCUGAGCUGGGGACACAGAGGAAGAGAAAGGGCAGUUUUGUCAGCGUGGGGUCUGAUGGUGAAGAAACGGGAUCACAGAGUAAACGGAUAAAGAUGGAUGAUAAUGAGUGUGUCACAGCUGAAGAACUGAGAGUUCCCAAGGAAAUGUCGGGAGCGCCAGAAAGUGAUGUUGCAGCAGAAACUCCAGCCUCAGACAGUUCGUGUGGUGGCCUGCCUGAACAGAUAAAGGUCUGUAUUCCUCAGAUAAAAGAGUUGUUGGAGAGUCAGACGGAGUGGGACCAGAGCUCCACAGAUGUGUUCAAAGUGCUGAACAACUGUGACUCAAACCAAGUGGAGGUGUUAUGCAGCAUGCUGAAUUUGCCGGGCUUACCUGACCAGGCGCUGCCUAAACUGUGCAGCAGUGUUUUGGCCCUCUCUCCUGACCUCAGCUACAGCACUGCUGCAACGCUCAUCAAGAGCCUUCUGCUGGAGAAGGUGCUGUCCCUGUCAGAGCCGGCCUCCAGGUGUCUGGUUACCGCAGUGACAUCACUGUGUAGCCGCUAUCCCAGACCAGUGUGCCAGGCUCUAAUCGGACCAGUACUAGAGAAAGAGAACAUAGGGCCUCCACAGGCUGAGCUGCUAAGCAGACUGAUAGAAAGCUGCCUGGAUUCUCACUACAGACUGCUGGUGGUUCAAAUGACAUUGAAGAUUGCAUGGAGUGAGGCAGUGCUGUCUAUUAUCCACAGCUUGCUAGACUCAAAGCCUGUCUUGAAUGAAGAACUUUUCACACAGUUCACAGAACAGCUCGUCAGUCAGGCUCCUCGUUUCACAAAGUCUGUGAAGUUUGCAAAAAUGAUGCUCACAGUACUCACCAAAUACGGCUCUGAUGUGACUGCUGCACACAAACACUCCUUGUCCAGCUGCCUGAUGUUAAAUGAGACCUUCCUGAAGAAGUCUCUACAAGCUGCUUUAAAACGAAUCGCAGACACGUGACCUCACCACCUUUUCAACUAAUUUAGAUGAAAAAAAACCUGUAUAAAUAAAUUAAACUGACAAUGAAGAAUCUUAAUUCACCAGUCUGACAGGGCUGAUAUUAUUUUUUAUUACUCUGACUGUUCACAGGUCCUACAAUAACGAUUCCUAAAUGCUAAUCCUUGCACUCCUGAACACAACACACCCAUGUAUCUAACUCAAUCUAGCAUUAGGACAAAGUUGAUACUGAAUUACUGUAACCUGCAGACUUUUAUUGGUCAGUCUUUACAAAUAUUUGCAAUUUUUUUUGCAAUAUCUCAUUUAGCAAACAUUAUUAUUACUUAUAUGGUAUUUAUUUUUAUAAUUAUUAUAAAUUAUAACUGGCUCCAUUGAGUUGGCUUAUACAUCUGGUGAGGAUGCCUCAUGGGGGCUUCCAAUUGGAUGGUUUCCAGGCAUACUCAACUAGAAGGAGACCCUGGGGUAGACCUCAAAUUUGUUGCAUGUAUUUCUUGUCUUCAGACCUGGGGAUGCCUCAGAAUCCCCGUGUGGAAGUGGAAAGUGUUGCUGGGAAGAAGGGCCCUGCAUAACCUGCUGCCACCACAGCCUGAAUUUGGAUAAGCAGAAGCUAGGCUGAAAGGAUGGGUGGAUUAGAUCAUAAUGUCAAUUAAUUGUAUUCAUUUUCAAAGCCUCAGGGUUUUUUUUGCAACUUUUUAUU